AUAAGAUAAAGAAAUUUCAUUUUAAUUGUGUUCCGUUUGAACUGUAUUAAAUACAAUGAAUGUCUCGUCUCAUUUUAAAUACUAUAUAAUUUAAAGAACGUGCAGUGUCAUAAUAUUCUAAGGCCGACCGUGCUGAAUCUGGAAUCCAGUGAUACACGAAUAUCAAAAUGGCUGAGAACAAAAACAGCAAUAGCCAACAGCAACCUAUUGUCAAAAUAGGACAUUACAUUCUUGGACAAACACUUGGUGUUGGUACAUUUGGCAAAGUAAAAAUUGGUGAACAUCAAUUAACUAAACACAAGGUAGCAGUAAAAAUUCUUAACAGACAAAAAAUUAAAAGUCUUGAUGUGGUAGGGAAAAUACGUAGAGAAAUUCAAAAUCUGAAACUUUUUCGUCAUCCUCAUAUUAUUAAAUUAUAUCAAGUUAUUAGUACCCCAACUGAUAUAUUUAUGAUUAUGGAAUAUGUGUCUGGUGGUGAACUAUUUGACUAUAUUGUCAAGCAUGGAAAACUUAAAGAGUUUGAAGCACGACGCUUUUUUCAACAAAUAAUAUCAGGUGUUGAUUAUUGUCACAGACAUAUGAUUGUACAUAGAGAUCUAAAACCAGAAAACCUAUUAUUAGAUCAUAAUUUACAUGUAAAAAUUGCUGAUUUUGGUUUGUCUAAUAUGAUGAUGGAUGGAGAAUUUUUAAGGACAAGUUGUGGAUCUCCUAAUUAUGCUGCUCCAGAAGUAAUUUCUGGUAAAUUAUAUGCUGGACCUGAAGUAGAUAUAUGGUCAUGUGGAGUUAUAUUAUAUGCAUUAUUGUGUGGUUCAUUACCUUUUGAUGAUGAACAUGUCCCUACACUAUUUAGAAAAAUCAAAUCUGGUAUAUUUCCAAUUCCAGAUUAUUUAAAUAAAUCUGUCGUAAGCUUAUUAUGUCAUAUGUUACAAGUAGAUCCAAUGAAAAGAGCUUCCAUAGAAGAUAUUAAAAAACAUGAGUGGUUUCAGCAUGAACUACCAGCAUAUUUAUUCCCUUCUCCAGUUGAUAGAGAUUCUUCAGUUAUAGAUACUGAUGCUGUAAACGAAGUUUGUGAAAAAUUUAGUGUUAAAGAAACAGAAGUUCAUAAUGCUCUGCUGAGUGGUGAUCCUCAUGAUCAAUUAGGAAUUGCAUAUCACUUAAUUAUUGAUAAUAAACGCAUUGCUGAUGAGGCAGCUAAAGCAGAGUUAAAAGAUUUUUAUAUUGCUAGUAGUCCUCCACCAACAAUUGGAAGUCCUGAUGUAUCAUCUUCAUCAUCAAAGCCUCAUCCUGAACGUUUAAUGUCACAUAGAGAACGUGCUCAAUCUAUAGAUCAAAAUACUAGAGGAUCACCAAUGAAAAGAGCAAAAUGGCAUUUAGGAAUUAGAUCUCAAAGCAGACCUAUUGAUAUAAUGAAUGAAGUCUAUAGAGCAAUGAAAGCAUUAAAUUUUCAAUGGAAAGUAAUCAAUCCUUAUCAUAUUCAAGUAAGGCACAUGAACCCUAAAACUGACAAUUAUACAAUGAUCUCACUUCAAUUAUAUCAAGUGGAUUACAAAAGCUAUUUAUUAGAUUUUAAGAGCUUAACUAAUGAUCAACUAGAGAAUGGUAACUUGUCAAAUGUAACAGAAAUUGAUAAUCUAUCAUUACGUCCUGAAAUGGUUCAACCUCCUAAAAAAUAUAUAGGCCAUCAUACUAUGGAAUUUUUUGAAAUGUGUGCAGCUUUAAUUACUCAGCUUGCUCAUUAGACUAGAUUUAAAUUUUUUUAUCCUUAAUAAUCUAUUAUAAAUACAUAAUUACUAUAGAAAUUUUCGGAUGUAAUUUUAUACUUAGAAAAUGAUAUAAAUUCAACCAUUUUUUGCAUAAUAAGUAUUUAAAAUAAUAGAAUGAGAUUUUAAUUUUUAAACUGUUUAUUGAAAUAAUUGAAAAAUGUAUAUUUGUGUUUAUUUAUUACUGUUAAAAGUGUUCAGUAUAAAUAA